CGAAAAACCAAAAUCUUUCGCCGAGGCUCCGUCACUUGAUCUCUUCUCACUUUAUCUCGAAAUCCUCCAUUACCUCCUCGUCUUCUCCUGCUUCGGUUUCCUCUGAGAAAGGUUCCCAGAGCAUGGGAAACAAGCCUGUGAAACAAGAGCGGGAAGAGAUUCUCCUGAAGGUCAUACCACCUCUUGACCAUGCAUAUGCCCGGUGGCUUACCCGGGAUCUAGAAAGGAUCCAUGGCUUCACUCCAAGGAAACCCCGUGCCAUAACGCCGCCGGAUCACUACAUCGAGUACAUGCGCUUGAAUGGGUGGCUGGAUGUGAACUUGGAUGAUCCGGAUUUAGCUCACUUGUUUAAGUAGAUAGACCAGUUUGCGAGGUUUGGCAGUAGAAAAUUGUUGUGUGAACUGCGGGUUACCCUUUUAAAAGUGCAAUCAGCUCAAUGCUUGGCAUGUUCUAAUGUUUCCUUCAGUAUAAUGGAGUGCAAGAGAAUCCUCUUA